UUUCGCUUCAAACUGCUGGUAAUCAAUGUCCUGAUCACGUGGAACUCAUUUGUCUCUCCUGAAAUUAAGAGUGUGGACAUUCAAACAGGUUAUGAUCCUGGCUCGUGUAGCAAGAAGGAACGUGGUUUGUUAAAAUUGAUCAAAGAUCGUUCAAACAGUGAUAAACUGUUAAUUUGCAAGGAAGAAAAUGGAGUUUAUGCUUGGAUGACAACGGACGGUUCCAGUCCGUCUCGCGAAUAUUUUAACCCCGGCUACGACUGCACGGAUAUUUUGAAUAAGAAUUGGGAACAUCGAGACGGAUUUUAUUACAUAAAUUUCAAUCGGGGUGUUCCCAAGAGGGUCUAUUGUGACAUGAUAACAGAUGGAGGAGGAUUUGCGCUGAUUGGUAAACUCAACAGUUCUGUAACAUGGAAAGUUCCAUCCAAAAACACAACAGUUGAUCCAUUUGGUGAAUCUCAGUGGUCCAGUGAUCUCGGUGACGCUCCAGUUCUUGAUUUCAGAAUACAAAUAUCAACCACGGAAAACUUGGCUAAGACAAAUGCUCACUGGUCCUACAGACUGCGAAAUACUCGGCCUCUUAAAAAUAUCAUGAUUGUUAAUCAGGGGGGUUGUGGAGCAACAUCACCAGGCAUUGGUGACAUCGCUUAUGUCAAAGAUCUCCGGACUGAGAAAAUUGUCGCGACAAAAUUUCGCUGCUCACAGUUUGGAACACAUCAACAUUCUUUUCUAAAAAUUGGAUGGACAAUGAUGAACGAAUGCUUCGAAAAAGAAUGUCCCCAAGGUUUUGCUUUUCACUCACAAUUUCCUAUUCAAACUGACUCGUCAGGAUCUUUCAGCUACAGUGUCGUCAGGGAAACAUCUGGAAUCAGUCGUAAUUCAACUGCAUUUAUCGGCUGUGAUAAAGGUGUGUUCUGCAGUUGUUUAACUCCAGCAGAAAGCACAGAAGAUCUCUGUGGCACCGAUUUUAAGGCAAAAUCUGGCGCAACUUUGAUGAAGAAUGUUUAUUCAUGGUUCUGGGUGAGAUCAUCUUCUUCAAAGAAAGUUUGGAACAAAUGCAUGGAUUAUAAAGUUUCUGAAGCGAACGGAGACAAGGUCUGGUACAAGUUGAUUAUAGUUGUUCCUGAUAAUGGGACUGUUAGUAAAACUCCAGCAGUCCCAGGAGUAUUAAAAUUUCGAAAAGACACUCAAAAACUUUAUCUACAUUCAAAUGAAAAAUGGAAUGCGAUUGCAGAAGAGGAAAAGGUUUUAGUAUUAUUCAAAAAGAAAUAA